CCGUAUUAUUUUCGGGUUGUAUUCGACAACAAUUUCAAAAUCAAAAUUAAAAGAGGGGUUUUGCCUCAACCCUAAAAAUCUCUGCUUUUUUCUUUUUUUUAUCUGCAACUGAUCGAUGAGUGAAUCGCUCUACCUUCACUUCACUAUCCACGCGGCUCGUCUUCUCGAUUUGAAACUGAUCGUUGGGUAGAAAUCGCUUCUAAACUAUUGGGAUUUGUUGGGUUCUGUUCUUCCUGCUCUUCUGCGUCUUUAGGUAAUUUUUGAAUUCGUCUUUGGUCAUCAUGUAUUCUCUGAUACUCCAUGGCAAAAAGUUGCAGAAAUGGUGUCAUUUGAGUUUUUCAGUGCAAAAGGCAUCUUCUUUUUCCAGUUCCUUCUCCUCUGUUGCUACUGCUGCUAAUGCGAGCCUUAGAGAUGGUCGUAAAGGUAAGAACUUUACAGCCUCUUACCUCGUUGAUUCAUUGGGUUUUACUAGAAAAACAGCUGAAUCGAUCUCAAGGAGAGUCAGUUUCGAGGACAAGGGCAAUGCUGAUUCAGUUCUGAGUCUUUUUAGAAGUCAUGGGUUCACUGAUUCUCAGAUCUCAAGCAUCGUUACGGAUUAUCCAACAUUGCUUGUAUUAGAUGCUGAGAAAACACUUUCUCCAAAGCUUCAGUUUUUGCAGUCAAGAGGAGCUUCGAGCUCUGAGUUCACUGAGAUUGUUUCUACAGUUCCUGAAAUCUUGGGAAAGAAAGUUGCCAAAACUAUAAGCAGAUACUAUGGUUUCAUCAAAGAGAUUAUAGAAGCGGAUAAGAGUUCCAAUUAUGCAAAGUUAUGUCAGUCUUUGCCAGUGGGUAGUAGGCAAGGGAAUAAACUCAGAAAUGUUUUGGUUCUGAGAGAGGUGGGCGUGCCUCAGAGGUUUCUAUUCUCAUUGCUCAUCUCUGAUGCCCAACCUGUUUGUGGAAAAGAAAAUUUUGAAGAAUCACUCAAGAAGGUUGUUGAGAUGGGUUUUGUUCCAACCUCCCCAAAGUUUGUCAAAGCUCUUACGGUUGUUUACAGAUACAGCGACAAAAGAAUAGACGAAAAAGUCAACUUCUGUAAAGGGUUAGGCUUUUCUGAGGGAGAUGUAUGGGAAAUGUUCAAGAAGUGUCCUAGCUUUCUGAAUCACUCGGAGAAGAAGAUAGUUCGGAGCAUUGAGACCCUGAAGAAGUGUGGACUAGUCGAAGACGAGGUCCUUUCACUGAUGAAGAAGUUUCCGCAAUGCGUUGGUGCUUCAGAGAAGAAGAUAUUGAACUCCAUUGACACAUUUCUUUGCCUCGGAUUCAGCAGAGAUGAGUUUGUUAUACUAGCCAAGCGCUUUCCUCAAUGUCUUAUUUUAUCUGCAGAGACUGUGACAAAGAAGACUGAGUUUGUGGUGAAGAAGAUGAAUUGGCCUCUAAAGUCUGUGAUUACAACCCCUGCGAUGUUUGGAUACAGCAUGGAGAAGAGGAUUGUCCCAAGGUGUAACGUAAUUAAAGCUCUCAUGUCAAAAGGAUUCCUCGAAAGUGAACUCCCUCUAAUGUCGUCUGUUUUGGUAUGUACCAAUGAAGAGUUCUUAAACAAGUAUGUGCGUAACCAUGAUGACAAGGAGCUUGUGCAUGAGUUGAUGGCUAUUUUCACCGGAGAUCGUCUUUCAUAGAUCAGAAGGCUUGUCAAGGAUUUUGCUUUUAUUAUGAAUAUUUCUGAAACCUUGAUUUUUGACUUCAAAAGCAAUCUGAUUUGGAAAAAAUAAAAAUUAACCUAAAUUGUAAGGUUGAGUCUCUUUUCUGAUAGCCUAGAAACAACAAUGCAGCCAAGUAGCAGACGUCUGUAUCCAAGCUACAUAUUUGUUGAUUUUAUUUUUCUC